AAGAGCAAAACUUUUUUGUUCCCUUGUGCUAAUUGUUAACAUAAAUUAUGGCUUCCGUGAAAAAAGAAUCUAAAAGUAAUUUUGUAUCAGAAGCAAUUAAAGAAUUUAUGAAGCUUAAAUCGGAAGAAUCCGAAAAGGAAAAAAAUAAAAAACCACAAAAACGGCGAAAAUUGGCUCCCGAAAUAAGCAAUGAUACAAAUGAUGAAGACACACAAAUUUGCGGCGAAUUUAAGCAGAAAGUAUUGAAUAAUAUGAAACAACAGUUAGUUUCAAGGAAAAAAAUUAAUGAUAAUUUAAAAAAGAACCUAACCGACAUUUCUCGUAGUUUGGAAGAAGAUUACUCAGUUCUAAAGAACAAUACGAAAGAGUUAGAAGAGGUUACUACGGCCUCAAUAAAAUGCUUAUAUCAAACGACAACGGCUAUAAAAUUAAGCAUUAGCAAUUUGAAGGAUUUGGAACGAACGUUUAUACAGACGUGUGAUGAUGUGGAAAAAGAACAAUCAUCACAAAUAAGCCAAUUAGAUGAAGAUUUGGACAAAGAAAUGAACAUAGUCAAAGAAAAAUUGAUUUCUGCAGCUAAGAAAAAUUAUCUAGAGAUGCUGCAAAGAUCUUUCCAUGAAGCAGAAGCGAGCCUUCAGAAUGAUUUUUAA